GCAGUGCUGGCAGUCAUUCAGGAUAUUUAUUACACCUGUACUUUUCAUCUUUGACGAGUCUAAUGUAAACAAGGUAUAUUGCUCAAAAGAUGUAUUUUUUUUGUCACCAGAGGGAUUUAUUAAUGGGUGAUGAUUUUAUUUCAGCACAGUAGAAUCACCACAAGUCAUAACCGGGGGAAACAUUUUGGAAGGCACGGUGUUAAAAUGAAUAUUCGUUUGCUGUUGCCAGGUCACUACAGCAUAAUAACAGCCGGAGGGGGUUGUACUUUCCAAAUGUGAGCCAAAACAAACUCACAACAGUACACAGUAAAAUAAUUUGUUUUUGUUGGUCAUAACUCACAAACUCAAACAUUAGACAUAUAUAAUGUUUAAAAUUCUUUUGUAUGGAUUCUCCUCAGCCUUAAAGGGCUCUCGUAUGUUACUUUGAGUCGCUUCCUUAUUUAGUUUAGGUUUUAAAUUACUGACCACCAGAGGACGCAAAAAGACCCAUCCACAAAGAAACCCACCCCCCACCCUGCUCCCAUGUCUGUCCCAUCAUGAUUACAGGGAGGGAUUUGUCUCCUGUCCAUGACAGUCCCUGAAAUGCGGCCCCCAGCUGCUGCCGUAGCUCUUAGCACCGGCAGGCCGGCAGACUCCUCACCCUCAUCCGGCGGUUUAACGGCCUGACAUCCCGCUAAUCCGUCGUCGUUAUGAGGCCAAAGAUGAAAUGAUGCCAUCAUCAUCGUGGUGAUAGCACAGAGGGGAACAAAGCCUGAUCAUGGGAGACGGAAGGAGGUCACCAUGUGCCGAAAUCUCUCCAAAUGUGCCCUCAUCUUCCUUGUCUUAGCCCUGUCUGGCCUCAUCUUCCUGCUGCACAACAUCCACACUGUGGAGCACUGGAACUGCCACACUAUUUCAGCCCUCUACCAGCUCCAGAGCAGGAUCCAGUCAUCCUUAAUCCCAGCGAAUCUGCCAGCUUUUCAUCACAACCACACCUUCUGUGCCCAUCUGGGCCAGAAGCCCUCCCUUGAAGAUGAACUGGAAGAGCGCUACCUGUUGGACUCUAUCAUCUGGCCUGAGCCUCCGCAUCGCUCUACCCAAACUUCCCUGCGUCAGACGAGCGACCCCGUACACAGUCUGUUCACCAUUCUUCCCACUAAGGGAGGAAGGGAGUGGCAUGUGGGCGACCAGCUGGAGGCCCUCGUCCAAAUGCAUGACUUCCAGGGUCGUCCCAAGCACUACGGCGGGGAUUUCCUUUUGGCCAGGCUGCACUCCCCGCAGCUUGGAGCAGGCGUAGCAGGUAAGGUGCUGGACCACAGGAAUGGAUUUUAUUCUGCUCUGUUCCCGCUCCUCUGGGUUGGGUCCGCACAGGUUGAGAUUACGCUGGUACACUCAAGUGAGGCCGUUGCUGUGCUGCGUCGGCUGAGGGAGGAACGGCCCGAUCGAGUGUUUUUCAAGAGUCUGUUUCGCCUGGGCUUCCUGUCUGAGACCACAGUGUGCAACAUGUGCCUGCCCCCUGAUCAGCAGCCCCUGUGUAACUACACAGACCCUUACACAGGGGAACCCUGGUACUGCUACAAGCCCAAGGUGCUCAGCUGCGACACCAGGAUCAACCAUGCCAAAGGAGGCUAUCUGAAACACCUCAUCACCAACAGAGAAGCAUUGCUCUUCCAGAGUGGUGUAAACAUAAAGGUUCGCAUACAUGCUUCCGGUCCGGACAGAAUCAAUGUCCUGCCUCCCAGGAAAGAUAAAACAGGGGUAGAAAGCAGCAGUAUAAAACCACAACCUAUUAAUCUAGCAACAUCCGGGUAUUACUACGAGGACUUGUGGAGGCCAUUAAGCGGCAUUAAAGUGCGCCAGUUUAAUGAAUCAUCUGCCGUCACUCAGUGUUUGAAGAACAAGGUGAUCUACAUGUACGGAGACUCUACCAUCAGGCAGUGGUUCGAGCACCUCAUUGCUUUUGUACCAGAUUUAAAGGAGUUCAACCUGCACAGUCCUAAAAACGUGGGCCCUUUCAUGGCGGUGGACAGCACCCAUAAUAUUCUCUUGAAGUACCGCUGCCAUGGUCCUCCCAUCCGCUUCUCCACUGUCAUGGCCAGUGAGUUGAGGUACAUUUCAAAUGAGCUGGACGGCCUCUCUGGGGGUCCCAACACUGUUGUGGCCCUCAGCAUUUGGGCCCACUUCAGCACCUUUCCUGUGGACGUCUACAUACGGCGGCUUCGUCACAUUAGGCGAGCGCUGGUGCGGCUGCUGGACCGAGCGCCGGGGACAACCGUUGUGAUCCGCUCGGCCAACCUCCAAGCCCUGGACCAGGAGGUGAGCCUGUACAACAGCGACUGGUUCUCCCUGCAGCUCGAUGAGGUGCUCAGGUCCAUGUUCAAGGGGCUGAAUGUUCUGCUGGUGGAUGCCUGGGAAAUGACUUUAGCGCAUCACUCUUCUCACGCCCUCCAUCCACCUCCGGCCAUCAUCAAGAACAUGAUAGACAUGUUUUUGUCUUACGUUUGCCCGGAGAAGAAAAAGAGCUAAUGGGAGUAGAACCACAGUGCAGCUGCUGUUAUUAAAGGAAACGGAGAAGUUUACUGCGUGAAUGCGUCAACCAGCUCCUCAGUUCCCAACAGGCCAGCACUCUCCAAAGCUGCAUACCUUAUACAUGCAUACCAUAAGUUCUCUCUUUACUGGGAGAUUAGCCAGUCCUUCAGUAGUUAUCCAUGUUUACCUGCUUGUUAUGUUUACUUCUGAAUCCCAGGAAGAAAUUUUUAUUCUGAAAAUGCCAAAGAUUUUGGCUCAGUGAUUGUAACGGUCCAUCUGUUUUUGUUACCAAAGUGUUUUGUGUAUAAGCAGUAUUUUCAUUUAAGGUAAUUGUGUGUGUAUAUUUAUUUCUUUGGUGGUUUUGCCAAAGCUGAAAGCUCAGUGAGUUCCUGUUUCUGUCUGUUCAGUGUUAAAAAUGUGUUUUUAUCCUGUGAGGUUUGUCACAAGCUGUCGACCGCAGAAUGACAAAUGAAAUACAGCUUUCUUUGGUUUUCUGUGGCCACACACAACCACCACCUACAUUGUUCUUACGUUACAUUGUUCUUCAAAUCUAUUAGGUGUGUCCUGUUUAGUUUAUGGUUUUAAAUGUUAUUUUAGGUGUUCACAGCACACUUUACAAACAUCACUCUAAAAUAUUACAACAGACAAAUUCACAUAGCACUGCUUCAUAUGCUGGAUAGCAUACAGCUUUGCAGACAUUUAUAAACAGCAGCAUUUUUGUAUCACAAAAAUUAUUUUAUAUGUUCAGUAUUAAUUGGGGAUAUAUUUAUAUAUAUAUAUAAAUAUAUAUAUAUAUAACAUAUAUAUUUGUAUGGUUGUUUGAGGGUUAAUUUUAGAUGAUCCAAUAUUCUGUUCACACUCAUAUGUUCAUGAUGGGAAGACAGUGAGGUUGAAGUUUCAGGUCAGUGUGAUACAAAGAGAAAAUGUGCCUUUCUGUCUUUCUGUCUAAUCCUUUUUGUCCCUGACAAUGACCAGAGGCUGACUACUACGAGACUUACUGUAACAUAUAAGCAGAGCUGCUGUCAUGUUAGCCAGUAUUUGCCUGUUGUCAAAUGUGUGCUUUUCUGACUAUAAUAAGCAGCGUGACUGUAUUUGGAAGCCAUUGUCAUUUGCUCACUCAAACUGCAAAUUAUUCAAGCAGUAAAACGAGGUUUGAGAGUAAACUGGGCGAUAUAUCUAUAUAGUAUUAUAUGACUAUGAUACUUGUCAGUAUUUAAUCAGGGUGGUGAUGCAUUUUCUUAUCAUGCCUUUUUCUGAUCUCAAAGCCUUCAGUACAGUUCAAUAAACUAAACUGUAACAACUGCA